AACCUAUGUGCAGGCAUGUAAGAAAAGGAUUAGAACAAGGUAAUUUGAAAAAGGCUUUAGUGAAUGUGGAAUGGAAUAUUUGCCAAGAUUGUAAGACAGACAAUAAAGUUAAAGAUAAAUCUGAAGAAGAAACAGAAGAAAACCCUUCAGUUUGGCUGUGUCUUAAAUGUGGCCAUCAGGGCUGUGGCAGGAACUCUCAGGAGCAGCAUGCCUUGAAACACUACGAGACACCAAGAUCCGAGCCUCAUUGUCUGGUUCUUAGUUUGGACACCUGGAGCGUGUGGUGUUACAUCUGUGAUGAGGAAGUCCAGUAUUGUAGUUCAAAGCAAUUAGGCCAAGUGGUUGAUUUUAUUAAAAAACAAGCUGCUCUUAAAACUCCAAAACCAGAGAAAGAUAAUGGGAACAUUGAACUUGAAAAUAAAAAAUUAGAAAAAGAGAGUAAAAAUGAACAAGAGAAAGAAAAAACAGAAAGUAUGGCUAAAGAAAAUCCUCCCAUGAAUUCUGCUUCCCAAAUAACUGUAAAAGGACUCAGCAAUUUGGGAAAUACGUGUUUCUUCAAUGCAGUUAUGCAGAAUUUGUCACAAACACCAGUGCUUAGAGAACUACUAAAAGAAGUGAAAAUGUCUGGAACAAUUGUAAAAAUUGAACCACCUGACUUGGCCCUAACAGAACCCUUAGAAAUACACCUUGAUCCUCCUGGCCCUCUUACUUCAGCCAUGAGCCAGUUUCUAAAUGAGAUGCAAGAGACCAAAAAGGGAAUUGUGACACCUAGAGAACUAUUUUCUCAGGUCUGUAAAAAAGCAGUGCGGUUUAAAGGCUACCAGCAGCAGGACAGCCAAGAGCUACUUCGUUAUUUAUUGGAUGGGAUGAGAGCAGAAGAACACCAAAGAGUGAGUAAAGGAAUUCUUAAAGCAUUUGGUAAUUCUACUGAAAAAUUGGAUGAAGAUCUAAAAAAUAAAGUUAAAGAUUAUGAAAAGAAAAAGUCAGUACCUAGUUUUGUGGACCGCAUCUUUGGUGGUGAACUAACUAGUACAAUCAUGUGUGAUGAGUGCCGGACUGUCUCCUUGGUUCAUGAAUCUUUCCUUGAUCUGUCGCUCCCAGUUUUAGAUGAUCAGAGUGGUAAGAAAAGUAUAAAUGAGAAAAAUCUGAAAAAGACAAUGGAGGAUGAAGAUAAAGAUAGUGAGGAAGAAAAAGAUAAUGACAGUUACAUAAAAGCAAGAAAUGAUAUUCCUUCAGGAACAAGUAAGCACUUACAGAAAAAAGCAAAGAAGCAAGCCAAAAAGCAAGCCAAGAACCAACGAAGGCAACAAAAAAUUCAAGGGAAAGUUCUUCAUCUAAAUGAUAUUUGUAACAUUGACCAUCCUGAAGAUAAUGAAUGUGAAGCUGAAAUGUCACUUCAGGAAGAAAUGAGUAUUGAAUCCAACCAUAUUGCACAAGCGGAAGUUACACAGGAAGAAUUUUGUGUGAAUCAGAAAGAUUUGAAUGGUCAAGAAAAAAUAAUAGAAAAUAUAACUGACAAUCAAAAAUCUAUAGAGGAAACAGAUAUGAAAAAUGUCAACAUGAAUAAUGAACUGGAGGUUUUGUCAUCUCCCACUGAAUGUACUAGGAGUUUAAAUGGUGCCUGCCUGGAGGACAGGAGCAAUGGAGAAGUGGACAUUUCUAAUGGUUUCAAAAACCUUAAUUUGAAUGCUGCUCUUGAACCUGAUGAAAUAAAUAUAGAGAUUCUGGAUGACAGUGAUGCUUCUGGAACAAAUGUAUAUGAGGUUGUGAAUGAAGAUCCAGAAACUGCUUUCUGUACUCUUGCAAACAGAGAAGCUUUUAAUACUGAUGAGUGUUCAAUCCAGCAUUGUUUAUAUCAGUUCACCCGUAAUGAGAAACUUCGAGAUGCGAAUAAACUGCUUUGUGAAGUGUGUACCAGGAGACAGUAUAAUAAUGGACCUAAGGCAAAUAUAAAAGGUGAAAGGAAGCACGCUUACACCAACGCUAAAAAGCAGAUGCUAAUUUCUCUUGCUCCUCCUGUUCUCACUCUUCAUUUGAAGAGAUUUCAGCAGGCUGGUUUUAACCUACGCAAAGUUAACAGACACAUAAAGUUUCCGGAAAUCUUAGAUUUGGCUCCUUUUUGUACUGUUAAAUGUAAGAAUGUUGCUGAAGAAAACACACGAGUACUGUAUUGUUUGUAUGGAGUUGUUGAACACAGUGGUACUAUGAGGUCAGGGCAUUACACUGCCUAUGCCAAGGCAAGAACUACAAAUAGUCACCUCUCCAAUCUUGUUCUACACGGUGGUAUUCCACAAGAUUGUGAAAUGGAAUCAACCAAAGGACAGUGGUUUCACAUCAGUGAUACGCAUGUGCAAGCUGUGCCUACAACUAAAGUACUCAACUCACAAGCAUACCUCCUAUUUUAUGAGAGAAUACUGUAACAAUAAGUGCAUUCUCUGGAAACAAAUUUAUGGCUUUUAUACUGGCUGUAAUGAUAACAAUAAAAAAUUAAAGUCUAUAAAUCAUAUUCACUGAAGUAUCUGAUAGAAGAAAUGUUUAUUUCAGUAUCAAAGGGAAAGUACUUAAAAUUCAAUGAUUUUGUAUUGUCAUAGUGGUUUUUAUUCCUGCUUCAUUUCCAAAAAAAAAUUUGAAUUAAGUCCUCUGUGCUUAGUGUGUCAAGAUGGUGGGUCUCCAACACAUCAAUAAAACUGACUUCCC